AUGUUGGUCUCUGGGGAACUGAUGAAUACCGCAGCCUACGCAUUCGCCCCGGCAGUGCUGGUUACGCCGCUAGGGGCUUUGAGCGUACUCAUCGGCUCCUUAAUGGGCGCAUACUUUCUCAAGGAGGAUAUUAAAGUCCUGGGAAAACUCGGAUGCGCCACCUGUUUAUUGGGAUCAGUAUUACUGGUCCUCCAUGCACCAGGCGACAAGGAUAUUCAAACCAUCGACGAAAUCCUGCACUUAGCUAUUCAACCAUGUCGGCAACCCAUUCUUCGCCCUCUUUCUGCAGAGCAUACUAACAACUAUGUAGUCUUCAUUAUCUACUGCAUUUGCGUCGCAGUCUUCGCCGGCUAUAUGAUACUCAAAGUCGCCCCGGUACAAGGCCGGACAAAUCCAUUAGUCUACAUCUCGAUCUGCUCCUCCGUUGGCUCCGUCUCUGUCAUGUCCGUCAAGGCCUUCGGAAUUGCAGUAAAGCUCACCGCAGGCGGAGACAACCAAUUCACCCAUGCAUCGACAUAUGUCUUCGCCUUGGCCUUGGUCGUCACCACGCUGACGCAGAUGAACUACCUGAACAAAGCAAUGAGCGAGUUCCCCGCGUCGCUUGUAAACGCAAUGUACUACGUCGGCUUCACGACAUGCACGCUCUCCGCCUCGAUCAUUUUCUACCAAGGCCUCAACACCAGCGACUGGACCAGCAUCACCUCGAUGAUGUGCGGGUUCCUCCUAAACUUCACCGGGAUCUCGCUGUUGACCCUAUCCAAGACCGCUUCCUCAUGUGUAUCGCCCAAAGGUUCAGUGCGCGAGGUGGGCAUGCGGUCGCUAGACCUCUCCCACAGUAGGGGCCGAUACGACCACGUCCGCACGAGUAGUUUGGAAAUCGAGCAUGCGCGUCCGCGGCGGCUUUCGGGACCUGGGAUGGACGAUUGA